AUGGUAGAUUCUUCGGCAGGGUAAGCAAAUUUUCAAAAUUUAGCCAUGUACUGUAACAGUUGUAACUAUAGUAUUUUUGCUGUGUUUUACAAACAAUGCAUAGCUGUGAGCAGUAGGAGGAGGGGUGGUUGUAAGGACACCCCCUUGAAUAAAAUCCAUUGAAUGAUAUUAUGGGGGUGGACACCCCUGUUCAACUAAACGCCGCUGUUCUGAUUAAUCCAUUGAGUGCCAGCACUCUCCCCUUGACAAGUAAAAUCGUCUAAUGUUAGACAGAGUAAAAUGACUUAAACAGCCAGCUUUGUCAUGGUUAGGUACAUAUAAGGGCAUGCAGUUCCACAAAGUCUGUGUGGCGUAUCAGGGUGUCAGCCAAAAAAUAGCAUAAAAAUUGAAUUAUUUUUUUCACAUCUGACAAUAGACCAGUACCGACGUAUCUUGCCGUCAAUAUCAUUAUGUUGUUAAUACGCCAUUAAAAACAUGUUUAUAACAACAUUUGCUCAAAAUUACUCCCAAAAUGUGGGAAAUGCCAUUUCAAAGACACAAAAAAUUGUUGUGAAAAAUUUUGAUAUGUCUGGAAAAAUUUUUGGACCCCUAAAAUGGUACACUGACCGAAAUUUUUUUGGUGACGGGGGGGGGGGGGGGGGGGGAGGAAAAAUUUUAAAAUAAAUUUACCAAUUUCAGGUAAACACGGAUUUUUUUUUACUUCUGGGUAACGCCCUGCAUAUAAUAAAAUAAUUGUCCUUGAAAUAAUAUAUGACAUCAUUUCUAUUUUUGUCUAGGAGGACAUUUUUCCAGCUGGAUUUAUCAGGUAAUAUUUUGAGACCUAAUUCUAUUGAAACAUCUCCCCUUGAUUAGUAAAAUUGGCUGGCAUUAGACAAAUUAAAGUAAUAUUAAAAGGCAUCAGGGGCGUUGCCACUUAAAGGGGUUAAUUAGCACUUGGAUGUAGAUGGUGGAUCUGACUGUCGUUCAAAAAUCAGUUUUCAUGGUUUGAAAUAAUGGCCAGUCAAUGGAGAUUGUCCGGUCAGAAUUGAGUAUAAAGGAAAUUUACUUUUCAGCAAUUCAUGUGAAAUGCAGAACUGCUGAAAAUUAUUUUUCUUACAAAACAUGUGUAACGGACAUGCAACAUGGAGAAAUUUCAUUACCAUGGAGCUGUAUUUGACUGUAAUACAAUUCAAAUUUUUAUUUUAGUGACAAAAGCCAAGUUGAAGGAACAAAGUAGUUGGCUGUUUGGUAUGUGCUUAUUCCAACAUAUUAUUCAUUACCAGAUGUGCAUGUACACUUAGGGCCAGGAAAUAAAUAAAUAGUUUCAGAUUUUGUAGCUGUUUUUUAUCUGCCAGGGGUUAAAACACAAUUGUUGAAAUCCUUAUGCUUACUGUACGUACGUUUCUCGAACUAUAUAAAGCAUUCGUGUCUGUGCUGUAUCAGACAUACAACCUCUCGCCUUCAGCUCAAAUUUGUGUGUAUAUCUGAUACAACAUUGUCGCUCAUCCUGUAUAUACAGUGUAUAUUAUGUCAAGUAAUACCAGGGCACGAAAUAGCGGCCUGUGAAGGCCAUAUUUCAGAAAUGGCAGGCGAAUAGAAAUUUGGUCUGCCAAGUCAAAAAUAAAAUGGCAGGCAAAAUUCUACAACAACAUGUCAACAAUGAAUAAUGAAUUUUUUUUUAGCAAAAGGUGACCCAUAUGCAAAAGUUGUUGUUGAUAAUCAAACAGCGAAGAAAACAGAGACGGUCAAAAAGACAUGGGAACCAAUAUGGAAUGAACGUUUUGUUGUGUAAGUUUAUGUGCUCAUCUGAAUCCUGAAUUCUGCUUGACAGGAUUUAAUCCUUACAGUGCUUGAACAGAAAAUAUGUUUCAGAAAUCGAAUUGGCGGCUCACAAUCCCAUAUUGCAUAUAUCAAAUGUUGUCAUUAGACUUGUGAAUCGAAAAUUCAAUAUUUUCAGAUCAUAAAUUUGUGAAAUAUUUUGGUAACAUUUUGUCUGCCUUAAUCUCUGCCGUAUCAUGUGAAGUAAUGAAACUUUGACAGUGAAAAAGUUGAUCAAGAUGGGAUUAUUAUUAUAAAGAUAUACACUGUACAUGUAUUACAUUUAGAGCUGCUCCCAUUGGUUAAUUUUCAUAAUCGAUUAAUCGUUGUCAACAAUCGAUUAAUAUCGAUUAAUCGUAUUGAUAAUAAUAAUUUAAAUAUGAAAAGCCCAUGGUGGUUUGACAGGUUUCUAAAUUGUAAUACACUUUACUAAAUUUUUUUGGGUUUCACCAGUCAGUAUAAACAUUUAAAUCUGCGUUUAAAAUGAACGUUAAUCACAAUUUUAUAUUGCGCACAUUCUCGCGCUCUUACACUUCACAUAAGAGACAUGCGUGAAAGAACAGAAAGGAUAUUAAGAAAGUUUACUUUGGUUGUUUACCUUUGACACUCCUAAUCAAAUUUAAGAGACUCUUAUGGAUAAUAAAUUGGUUUAUGUCUGCACACCGCAAUGUUGGAUGCAAAUGGUUAAUAUAAAUUAUUCUAACAAAACUUUAAAGAUAUUUUCGCGGCACUGGUAACCCGAUCAGACUAUGGUAAACUUUGCACGCUGCGAGUGAAUUUGAUAUUUGACCCACAAUGUUUUGAAUCAACUUGUCAUUUCAUGUUUCAAUCACAAUCUUAAUGUCGCAAUUUUUUUUAAUCUGGAAAGAAAUUAACUCAUUCCCAUAUUACGCUGUGUUGUGUUAUAGAUUAUCCGAUUACUGUUAAGUAUAAUCGAUUGUGGAAAAAUAAUCGAUUAAUCGAUUGAUCGAUUAAUCGGGAGCAGCUCUAAUUACAUUUCUUCUUUGAAUGACCCAAAUAUUACACAUACCAAAAAUCGUAUUACAUGUAUUGGUUAGUGUUGCAGUUUAAUUCACUGUUUAAUCUCCUGAUCACUGUUUAACCCAUUGAGUGGCAGCACACUCCCCUUGAUGAGUAAAAUUGCUGGGUAUUAGACAGUAAAAUCAUAAAGUAGGCGAGUACCUGAAGGUCCUUCCUUUCUUAUUAUAAUUUUUUCUGCUGACUGCAAAACUUUUCUGUGACCAAUGGUUCCACUAUUUUUCCACCCAUGAUUCCAAAUUUGGAUUCCCAUAUACCCUGUAGUGCUGAGUAUUGCAGUAAAGGGUUCUUUUGUUGUUUGUAGACUUGUGACUGCUUACAGUAAAAUUGACAUUGAAAUAUUGUGUAAGUUCCCACUGAAGAGUGAUGUUGUUGUUGGCAAAGUUUCUCUGGAUAUCAAUGGGUUACUUCACAGGAAUAAUGGACAAUGUAAGUGUACAAAGUUUUCUCAAUUUCAAUACAUAAAGUUUUCACUUUCAUAGCUGGAAGUAACAGUCGGACAGUUGACAUUUUCCGAUCAAAUUACUGUUUUUGCUUUUUCCAACCAUGGUAAAUUGGUCUGACAUUUUUUAUGAACGAAAAAAUAACAUUCAGUUUCUUUGAAAGAAUAGAUUGAUCACACUACAAAGAACAUAGAACUGUUGCAUUUAAAAGCAUUUUAAUUUACUGUAUACUGUAGUGUUUAGAACAAAGUACUGUUUAUUGAUGUGAUUUACCCGAGGGGUAAAAAAAAAUGGUGAUCAAAUCUUGAAAGUUUUUGAACUAAUCUCAUUUUCUGGCCAAUUUUUUUUUAAUGUUAUUCCAGUAGGAAUCCGGCUAAAGGCUGGUUUGAAAAGCCUUUUGAAUUGAGGGAUGCAAAAUAAAUGACUGUUAGUUUUUAUAUAUUUGAAAAAGGAUAUAACUACAUGUAGCUACAGUAUAUCUAAUAUUUACUGGAUAAAAACAUUGAGAUUUUAUUUUGACAUUUUUAGUCAAAAACCUUGAGAUGGAACUUGAUUUGACAGUUGAUGGCAAAGGAACAUCAGGGGUGAAUACAGGACAAUUGUGUAUUACAUUAAAUGGUAUUGAGAAUCUAAACAUGGCAAAUUAUCCCAAGCAAACAUCAAGUAAUUCAAAUGCUACUAAUACUGCAUCACCAGCUGUCGCGGCUGUAGCAAGUUCAUCGGAGAGCCCACAAAACUCUGCUAAUAGGUAAGUCCGAUUCAGGUUCAAUACAAUUUAUUUAAGUUUUAAGUUAAACAUACUGUAGUUGGAAAAUAUUUCCUUUUGAAUUCUUUAAGUUCCCAGAAAAUAAUUUCCCAAGAAAAAAACCCAAUAGAAAGAACGUUACCUAGUAUGCUGUAGAUAUGAUUUUAGAAUGCGAUUAUAAGUGUAUCUGUCUUAAUAGUGCAAUACUGUAUAAAUGUAUAGACUACAGAAUAUUGUUUCACAAAUGCAUUUUUUAGUCAGUCUGAGACACCUGAUUUUUCAACAUUUUCUGGGGAGAUGUCCCCAAUAAUACACUUUUUUGGCAUUUGUAAAUAUGCCUUUACCGGAUCUGACUCCUGAUGCAUGUUAUCUAAAUUAGUUUUAUGUUAUAUUCCUGGACUGUACCAUGCAGUGCUGUUUCAACAACUUGUUAUCGUCAUGUGUUCGUACUGUUUGUCCGCAGCUUCUUGAUAAGCUGCCAACGGCUUGCUGAUAUUUGCUACAGGUUAAAUGUCAACUUGACGAAGUACCAUUUGUUCUGGGAGCCUGUUAUCGUCCUGCAAUUCAGCAACUUGUUAACAAGUUGUGAGUGACAAUCUUGCAACAACUUGAUAAAUUGACAACAUUGUUACAACUUGUUGACAAGCGUCCUACAAGCCCGUUGCGAACGCAUCUUGUUGGCAAUUAAGAUGUGUGAUUUUUACUUAUGUAACCGGAUGUAAUUUAGGCUCAAAGCAUGCUUAAUCUUCAAAGCUAUUUUGUAAGUUGCGGUCUAAUUUGCAAGAUAUCGAGUUCUUUAUGCGGUAAGAUUGAAUCCAAUAUAUACAUCAACGAGCAAUAUUCUACACAAAGAGUUUUUCUGUAAUCGAAAGCUUUUCAUAAACUUGACUUUCUAAGAUGUCGUGCACGUAUAUGCGAUGAAAAACGUUCAAAACCUAAAAUCACUUUGGCGUACCUUCCAAUAUUACGUUGUUUUAGCUUUAUUUUCUAGUUCAUAUAUACUUAGCUGCACCUUUCUAAAAGCAUCCGCCGUUGAGAAACAGAAAAAAUGGUAUAAAAAAUUGAGAAUUUUGAAAUGUAGCCAGUCAUAACCAAGUGGUAUUUUCCUCAUUAUAAUCAUAGAUAUCUUAUAUACACUAGAUAGCGCAUCUCUUUAAAUAAAAUUGAAGCCAAGAAUAUUCCAGCGGUUACCCCCAUUUGAAUAGAUGGCGGCCAUGUUGGUCGUUCCCACAAGCUAAUAAACGCUUAAAAAACAACAAUAACUUUCAUCAUUUGAACAGUUUGAAAAUGUAUUUGGAAUAGGUUUAACUUAAUGUUUAAGUUCCCUGUUUAAGAAAUAGAAGACAUACGAAUAGAGGACAUACGAGUCUUCUCAUUUCAUGGGAAUAUCCUGAGUCUGUGACUGUAAAUCACGGCUUCAAUUUUUGAAUUGCAGAAUAAUUAGAUGCACUAUCUAGUGUAUAUAUAAGAUAUCUAUGAUCAUAAUAGUUUUGAACGCAUUGUUAUGUAACAUCACAAAAAAUCUCCUCUUGAUCAUUCAGGUUUAAUAUGAGAACCCGUACUUUUAAUAUGAGUGGCUUGAUAGUGACUUUUGCUAAACUUUGUAUUGUCAGGUUUGAAGCAAUAUUUUAUCGCAGCUUUUUAUUGUCAUGCAGCUAUAAAACAUUCCUUUUCAAGUAUUCAUUUGCUAAUUUGCUCGUCUGGUAUGUUAGCUCAAAAGAACAAGGGCACUUGUCAUAAUAGAGAUUGACCGAUUAUGCCAAAAUCGGAAAUUACCGAUUGUUCAUGUCUACCCAAUACCAAUUUUACAAUGAUAUAACGUCAAUCAAAACCAGUGAACUCUAAAAGGACUGGAACGAUAACUUGGUCGCCAUCUUUGAAACGAAACUGAAGGCCGCCAUGUACAGUAGGUAUGGAGUGGAUAAUACGCCGCCUAAAACUAAAAGACAUCCGUUCGAGCUAUAAAUAGCUGUGUUGAAAUUUUGAACAAGGAAAAAAGCUAACAAUAGAACUUGAAAUUUAAUACAAAACAUGUUUUCGGAACGUAGAGCAGUUUUAAAAUUCUUUUCUCAGGAGUCAAAGUGCGAAGUUUUUUUCGUUGUGUAAUAUUUUGAAUAGGAAACUGUUGUAAAAUACUUAGAACUAUAUCCAUACAACCAAGUUUGAAUCUUUAAAAUUGAAGCCUUUUGAUAAAAAAGUUUUUUUUCUUGCUAAUUUUCGCUCAAAAACAAACUCUCCCUAGUUCUUUUGAAAGUUAAUUUAUCCCGCGCGGCUCCCGCGCUUGGCUUCGAAUUUUGCUUCAACCAAUCAUAGGACUUAAUCACUGGAGUUAUCGUUCCAGUUUACUUAGAGUUCACUGGUCAAAACAGAGUAAAGCUGACGUCAUUUCGAUUUUUAAUGAUAAUUUCCAACAUAACAUGUUACUGCAACCAAAGUUUAUAAAUUGCACGUUUCAUGCAUUAAUUUCGUCGCGGCAACAUAUUGCCUAAAGACCCACCGUGUAUCAAUUUGCCCGUCUUAACCGGCUUUGUAUUCAUCAUAUUUUCAGGCAAAUUCCAAACGGUGACGAACAGCGUCGUCCUCCUCGUCCAACGCCGCGCCCAGCCCGUCCUGCAAGUGUGGAUGCUAGUUCCUCCAGCGCGUCUGGUGCUAGUACCCCUCAGGGGGCUGCUAACCCUCCUGGACUCCCCAAAAGGACCAGCAUGCCUGUUAUACCAGCUAUUCCCCCACCUCCCUCGAGAAGUAACGGCGGCACACCCUCCAGGAGAGAUUCAUCACAGACUGCAACUCCUAACAGAGAGACUACAAGGAAUGUUGUGCCUCAACAAUCAAACACGCCAACAGGUAAUUUUCUUCUAAAGUCAAAUGGACCUAUUCCCUAAUGAACAAAAUUUUGAUCUGGACAAGUCUAGACAAAAAUUUCAUCUCAGCUUGAAAGAGCAAUGAAACGAUGAGCAGUGAAACAAUGUUUCCUAGUUUGCCCAGGGCUUUACACUUAUAAACCUAAACUAACAAAAUAAUGACCCUAAAUGGGCAAGGUGCAAACGGGACUCGAAGAACCACGAAGCCUCUUAGCCGUGAAAACAAUGUCGGUUGCCAAAUUCUCUAAAGGAAGGAUCAUUAUUUAUGGGGGGUGGCACCGAAGAGAAAUGUUUUUACUGGCAAAAAUUUUGCUGACCCAACAAUUAUAAAGCCAAAAAUAUUUUUACCCAACCUCAAAUAUCAAUUUAAAAAUAAAUACCCACCCCUGGCAAAAAACUUUACAAAAGGAUACCAAUCAGUUCUUACAGAUGUCCUUCAGUGACACGAGUUUGAUAACUGUGCCAUUUUCUGCAGUCUAAAAUAUCAUGUAAUCUGCACAUGUACUUUCUUUGGAGACACCAUUUGCCUCCUGACAAAGCGGAAAAUGAUCAAGAUAGUGACUCUGAUUGACCUACACGUUGUAUUGAUAUGACUGUUGACAUUGCUUUUUAGUCUUCAAUAUUUGAAUGAGUGAUGCUUUGGAAAUGGCAACAAACUUUUAUUACCCAACCCUUGAGUUUUUUUUUUCAUUUACCCAUUUAUUUGGCAACCUUUUACUCGCUCAAAAUUUUGUUUACCCAACCUUUUUCUCUUCGGUGCCACCCCCCGCCAUGAAUAAUGACCAGUCCCUUAUAACUCGCUAUUUACGAUUUCUACUCCUAGGUGCUACUUCGACACCAAGCGGCUCAUCAAGAAGUAGUGGUACGCCAUCAUCAACUGGGACCAAUACUCCACCAUUUGGACCUAACAGACCACUACCACCUGUUCCUGCUGGUACUGCUGCAGCAUCUGCUAGCCCACCCAGUAGCGGGAAUAGACCUCCAUAUCCUAGAACUGCCCAGGCAAAUAACCUUGGUAAGAAAAUUGGAUUUAUGAAAUAUGUGAUAUUAAGAACGAGCUGAGUGUUGUACACUUUAGUGCCUAGAAGUAGGGGGCCCCCUAAUGAGAGGCAUUUGCGUAUCCUACCUUAUAAAAACUCAGCACUUGAGAAUCUUGUCCUCAGUCUUGAGAAAGCUGUUCACUCCCACAUCAUCCUUGGACCGUGAUCCCUGCACCACUUGCUUGGGAACUUCUCUCCUGGGGUUCGGAGUCCUCAGUCACAGCUCUCUCAAUUGCAGUAGUUUGCAUUCCCUGGGUUUGUCUGGGCAACACUAACCAGCCCCGCCAUUUUACUUAAAGCCCCUUACGUCCUUCGUACAUCCCGGCGUAUGCUCCCCUCUGUUAACACGUUGUCGCUAUCGAUUCCACGGGACCGAUCAGCCGUAUCGCACCCCCGUAUCUGUCUAGUUGUCGACCUACCCCACCGGUGCCAACCCCCUUCUCGAUCGUAGCCCCGUUGUCCCACUAUAACCUUGACUUUCUCCCGGUCGCUGCACAUUACCCAGCAACUAGUCACGGACCGGGGUUUCGUAUACCACCGCCCAUCUCAACUUCUUCUGUGACUGUAGUACUAGGAGAGGUAUUGUUCAGAACUCGAGAACACCUGGAUAAAAGUAACUCAUUAUAAUUGAUAUAAUUAGAUCAUCAGUAUAUAACUAGGUCAUCAGUAACAUGAUAAAGGUCUCGAUAUCUCAAUCCCGAAAACGAGUUUCUAUAGCCAACUAGCCAAGGCUAAGUACUUUCCGAAAGGGUCGAAUUAUAUGCGGAUGUUUUUGAGCCUGACGAGUAUCAAUAUCCAACGACUUUCUAUAUGUAUAUCAACAGAAUGGUAGAGCCGUUAGUAUCUGCAUUUCUAAUUCGACCUUGUUUUGUUUUCAGUAAAUGGUACACCACCACCAGCUGGUGCUGGUGCUGCUAGUCGACCUAAUCCGAACGAAGAACCCUUACCAGCUGGGUACGUACUGUGUGUAGAACAGUUUUGAAAUUGUAGUAAUAGAAAAAUAAAAGUUUAAUAAAAUAAAAAUUUUACGCCAUCGAGAGGGGGGAUGUGUAUAUUAAGCAUGAAUGAAAGGUAAUCCCAUAACCCCUAAUAGAUUGAUCACAAUUACUAAGCCAGUAAUACAUUUUUCUUUUCCAGCUGGGAACAAAGGGUUGAUCCUCAUGGCAGAGUUUAUUAUGUUGAUCAUAAUACCCGGACAACAGCCUGGGAACGGCCUCAACCACUCCCAAGCGGGUAAUAUAUUUUUCUAUUUCUCAUUGACUGAGUAUAGUGACAGAUUUCACAGAUAUUUGGCAACUGUUUCGCAGAGUGUCCGCCUUUAAUUUGCUCUACCUGCGUGCGGGAAAGUCGCGCGAAAUAAACACGCGUGAUCUGACCUUCAGACAUGCGUGGCUAGAGUUCAGGGGCCGGUUGUAUAAAAACGUUGUUAGCGCUAACUGCAGUUAAAGAGUAGUUAAAAAGCCUUUAAUCACGCAGUUAAGCCGGUUGUAUAAAAGUGCAGUUAGCCUUAACUGCAGUUAAAAACUAGUUAAAGUUAACUAUGCUUUAGGGUAUAGUUAACUGUCCAAAACGUAGUUAAAAAUGGCGUUUGUAUAGGAGUGAACAACAUUUUUCUGUAAAACAAUAAUGAAAAGCAACGCUUACCUGAGAUUUUCAAUCGCUAUCUUUCGUGUGAAUGUUUCCUGACAAUAAAACUCUUCAAACGCUAUCGCUUUGGUGUUUUUACGAAAACAGAACAUAUUUUUGCACAUGACGAUUUCUCGAAGACGAAGUAUAGUCCAUUACACCAAGAAACACUGAUAUAUAAUCGCCAAACAGCUAUACCUUGGUUUAACGUAGACAUCGCAAGGAAAAACUGCAUUCUUUUAUGAUUUUUGUGGCGGUUUUUCCUUGUUUUCUUGUUUAUUUUUCACUGUUUUCUAGUGUUUUGAAUAAAAUUUCCGCCUAUUUGCAAAAUACGAGUCCACCAUCAUGUUGAAAAUGAGUGUCAGUGGUCGUUACUCACUGCUUACUUUAUGUAAUUUUGUGUUUAAACGCCCCACGCAAGCCCCACGCACAGUUAACUACGUGAUUAGUUAACUAUCCGACUAACUACGUUUUGUGCAACGCAGGUAAGUCAUGUAGUUAACUAAUUACAGUUAAGGGUUUAACUACAGUGAUUAACGCUAACUACAGUUAACAUUAACGCUAAUUACGUUUUUAUACAACCGGCCCCAGAUAUUUGGCUUCUAGCGAACAUAUAGGCAUGUUUAUCAGAAGGUAGCAUUCCAGUUAUAUUACGUUCCGGUGGUUUUCACUAACAGUUACGUAAUUUGCUUGCCUAGUAGCAUUACGUAAUUUGACUCGGAGAGAGUGAAAAGACAGAUUUUUUAAACCAUCAAAGUAAUUGAAUAUACUAAGACAAAGAAAUUUGUAGAAUAAAAUAUAGGGCUUUGUAAUAUACGAAGGGUUUUGUCCAUGGAAAUUUCCAGUGUAAAUUUUUAUACAUUUAUUAGAUUUACAUACUGUAACAAUGGAUUGUAAAAUAACUGGAUAGGAAACUUCCUGACGUCACAGUCUAAACCUAGUUGCAAUCUGUGACGUCACGUGUAUUGCCAAAGUUCUCAGCAUUUUUGUUGUUUCGCUAUAUUUUCCGCUUUAAAAGAGUAAUAUUGAAGCAUAAACUGGUCUAAUUGUUUUAAUUUAAAAACAUGCCUACUGUAAGUUACGACAAAGUAUUCAAGGUAAAUGUUUUUCGCCUUUGUUUUGUAUUUUUUUUACAUUUGUAGCUACGAAAUUGGCGUCGCCAAUUUUAACGAAAUUUGCGAUGCAUUUUUCACUGUUUAGUGUUUAGUUUCACUGGGAAUACUUAGAGAUUUCAUCGCAGAAUGGCGUAGUUAUAUUUAUUUGCUCUUUGACUAAAAUGUUUAGCUGUAUUAUUGCUAAACAUGCCGUUUUUGAGAAUUUGAUUUGCAACUAGGUUUCAACAUCCAAUCACGCCAUCAGCCCAUUGAAAACAUUAGGUCACGUCAGCUAGUUUCCUAUCCAUUUAUUUUAUUAUCCAUAGGCCUACUGUAACCAAGAGUAUAGAACUAUAGGCCUUCUGGUAGGAAUCGGCCCCGCGGUCCUGCGAUUCCGGUGCAGCGCUCUAACCAGUUUAACGAGGGUCGAAUAGUGCAAUCCAAAUAUGUACAGUAUAUCAUAUACUUUUACUUAUCCAUGUUUUGUUGAUAUUCCAGUUGGGAAAGACGUACGGACCCACGAGGUCGAACAUAUUAUGUUGAUCAUAAUACUAGAACAACAACAUGGCAACGACCCACAUUGGAAACUGUAAGGAAUUUUGAAAACUUUCAACAUCAGAGAACACAAUGGCAGAAUGAAAGGACGCAUUUUCAACAAAGAUUUUUACUCCCGGUGAGUGAGUAACUGUUAAACAUGAAAAAUGUCGCAAUUUUCAGAACAGGCUUGAAGCGAAUUUCUGAAGUAUAUGAGUAACAGAUGCAGGUUAGAUUUUCCAUGCUCGUUUCCAAAUGCGAAAAGUGGAUUUGAAAUUUGAACUCUUUGAACAAGGUUUUUUCAACCAUACAUGUUUAUCGAUGUUGCACUGUGAAGUUUUUUCUUAUCAUUUCAAGUCCAUAUAUUAUAAACACCAUCACUUUGUAACCAAUGAAAAUAAUUAUUUAACCUUGAAUGAUUAGGCCUGAACCUUAUAUGUAUAUCCACUAUAUACGACAUCUGGUUGGGUGUUUUUAACUAUCCGGCAUAUUCCGUAUCGAAUAGUAAUAUGAUCUGACCCAGUGACUACUGUACCUCAAUGUCAGGAUUUUGAUUUUUCUAAUUGUCUUUACAAAUUUGAAAAACUCUUUGCAAAUCACUUAGGAAAUUUUCAAUAUUCCUAAGCAAUUAACUUCAUGUUUAAAGUUUCUAACUUCAGUUCAAAAUUCCUGUUGAGAAUUUGAAGCCAUGCAAACGGUCGUUUAUAUAUAUAGUUUUCUUUAUAACGUUUUUUUUCAUUGUUACUAAAUAAUGUUGUUUUUCUUCAGCAAAACGUGCCAACACCUGUCCAGAACGAUCCUCUGGGACCACUACCAUCUGGCUGGGGUGAGUCGAGUAUAUCUAUACUUCUACGUAUACAAUAUAUAGAAUAUAGUGUGUUUUUCAAAGACACGCGUGUAUGUUUGUUUCCAAAUUGGGCAAGAAACUAUACUAUUACUUAUUAAUGAUAUACAUGAAAGUAUAGCUGUGCGGUUCCACCCUUUUCAUCUCGGUUCCUGGAACUGGAAGAACCUCGGUUCGGUGUCUGUAUUUUCAAAAGAAGAACAAUUCAAACCAUUUGCUUAAUAAAUUGUAAUAUAACUACUACGCAACUUAGAUAUAACAAGUAAACAACUUUAAUAUAACAAGUUAAGUGAAACACAAACAACUCGAUUGAUUAUGAGUAGACUGGAGAAAUCAAUAUAUUCUGAAAUAAAAUUUAUCAAAAAGGAAAUGGUUUUGUUUUCGCCUUUUUUAAGGCCAAGUAAGCGCCUCUUUUGAUAACAAUAGAAGAUAAAGUUUAAAUUCCUUAGAAAUCCCUGUGAAAUUUCAUUUUCCCUCAGUUUAAGGAAAUUUCCUUAAAAGUGAUUGCGACACGUGGGUACCGAAAUUAUCGGUUCUUUUGCGCAUCUUCGGUGCCGACUUUCGGUUAACAGCACAGCUCUAAAAAACACAAGACGAAUCUAGAGAAAUACACUGUAGUUAGAAUAGGGUGAUCUAUAUUGGCUGCACGAGGUACUGAAACAGGGUCUUGGCUAGAAUUACAUAGGUUAGCGAUGCGGUCUGAAUUUCAGCUUAAGAAUAAGCGCUAAGUAUUUUUUUACUGACUACUGUAAUAAGUGUUUGAAGCUUUUUCAAAUAACCUUAAAGCAGCAGUGCCACCCCCUGCGCAUCUGUUCUGCGCAUGAGUCAACUUGAAAAGAUUGGGUGAACUUUUUCAAGUUUUGAAUUUCAAAAUGGCGUCUAAUACAGGCGCGAUGCACGGAGGCUCAAGGAAAAUUUCCGGUCGAAAAAAGGUGUUUUCGAGCCGAAAAGAUUGCAGAAAGUCAUGGGAGAGAGGUCAUAAAAGGAUAUAUUUGAACCUCAAUAUAUUUGAUUCUUGGAAUAUAUUUGAUUCUAAGUUGGGCUAAAACAAUGCAAUAUUUGCUGUAAUUUCGACUUUAAAAUGAUAUGGCAAUAUAUAUUUUUAUUAUUUCAUUUUAAAGAACUUUUAAAAUUAUAUGUUAAUCUCCUUUACCGAUUUUGCGUAACUUUAUUAUUUCUGUUAAAAUAAUUUGCUGUCCGCCAUCUUGGAUUAAUUUUUAUCUCAUCGGUAAUUUUAGUGACGUCAUAAGCAGGGUUAGCCAUAUAAAACUACAUCUAAAUGACCAAAUAACAUUAAGUCUUGUUUUAAAAGUCGUCAGACAGCUUUUUGUUUCAAAUAGUUACUGAAGUAUAUGAUUUUGGGCUCAUAAUAACCAAUUGCUCUAUGGAUAAAAUCCUUGCGUGACCCUGCUUAUGAUGUCACAUGCAUAUCCGCCAAAAUCCAAGAUGGCGGAAAGCUCGCUGAUUUGUGAUUUUUUCUGUUCAAAUAUCUCAAGAAAUAAUAAAGUUACGCAAAAUCGGUAAAAAAAUUUACAUAUAAUUUUAAAAGUUCUUUAAAAUGAAAUUAUAAAAAAAAAUAUAUUGCCGUAUCCUUUAAAAGUAACACCUCUUGGGUCGCAAUAAGCUUCACGUUGCUUGAAAGACGUGGUAAUGCUUAGUUUAACGUUGUGUUGAGAAUGAUAACGCCGUUGAGAAUACCCCUGGGACCACGAAUUAUUCACAGUUUUUGUCUUGCAUGACACAUUUCUUUGUUUCGAAAGCGCGUCGUUGAACCGGCCAUCGUACAUUAUAAAAAUUAUUAUUAUUAAUUAUUUAAUUAUUUAUCGUACAUCGUAAAAACUCCAAAUCCCGACCCCCAAUUUCUAGUCCAGUUUCACUUUAGUUCGUCGAAACAGCCGUUUGAUGGCGGCAAGUGCUUUACCUUGUAAUGAUUGUAUGUAUUUUUCUUUUUUCAGAGAAAAGAACAGAGCAAAAUGGUCGUGUAUAUUUUGUGAAUCACAUGACAAGAGAAACCCAGUGGGAAGAUCCACGAAUGGUGAAGUAUGUAUGGAAAUAAACUACACAAACAUUCUAAAAUGGCAGUAUGGAGUGUAUUGUAUAUAAUUUGCAAUAUAAAGAAAAUCUAGUCCUGUCUGGAAAUGAGCAUUUGUCAAACUAACUUUUAAAUUUCGGAUAUGUAACAGGGAUAACAGUUUCGAAAAACUUCAUCAUUCGCAGAUAUGAAAAACUAUAGUUGCACAUUAUUGUGACUCGGGAUUCGAACUCUCGCCUUCGGAUUUCCAGACCGCCAUUUCUACCCAUUAAGCUAUCGAGUUCAGCGGGGAUUGGUAGCGAGUCUGAUCCAAUUUAAAGUGCACGAAAGGACUUAAUUUAAAGUGCACGAAAGGACUUAAUUUAAAGUGCACGAAAGGACUUAAUUUAAAGUGCACGAAAUGACUUAAUUUAAAGUGCACGAAAGGACUUAAUUUAAAGUGCACGAAAGGACUUAAUUUAAAGUGCACGAAAGGACUUAAUUUAAAGUGCACGAAAGGACGCAGUACUGCAAUUCUAUUUCAGAACUAUCCUCAGAGAUUACAGCAAAACGUUUACAGGUUGCAAUUUGUCUGUAAAUAUAAUACAGUUCGUUAAUUUUUACACCAACGGGUUUCUAAGUUUUCCCAGAGGUUUUCACAUACUGUACUUGUCUAAGCUAAUAUGUCUGUUAUAUAGGCUGGCUACUCCAGACAAAUCUCUUCCACCUGGAUGGGAAAUGCGGUAUACGAACGAAGGUAUUCCGUACUUUGUCGAUCACACUACGAGGACGACGACGUUCACCGAUCCACGCACGGGGAAAGCCCUCGGGUGAGUAUAUUGUCAUUUUGUGCAUAGUCUAUCAGGAUAUGAUGGUCUGGAAACUAAACAGAAGUCAUUGUAUGUUUGCGAUGUUACUCUGAGUGCAUAUCCACACCGGGCGAGCUUGAAGAACACAUUGGUAUUGAAGUAGAACACAUUGGUAUUGAAGUAGAACACAUUGGUAUUGAAGUAGAACACAUUGGUAUUGAAGUAGAACACAUUGGUAUUGAAGUAGAACACAUUGGUAUUGAAGUAGAACACAUUGGUAUUGAAGUAGAACACAUUGGUAUUGAAGUAGAACACAUUGGUAUUGAAGUAGAACACAUUGGUAUUGAAGUAGAACACAUUGGUAUUGAAGGAACCAGAUACUGUUCCGAAAUAUCACUUUCUCGAACCGUCCUGACCGCGUAGCUCAGUUGGAAGAGCAUUGGGCUGGUAUUCCAAAGGUCGUACUGUAGGUUCGAAUCCCACCGUGGCCGGGCAUAUUUUUCAAGCUCGCCCGGUGUGGAUAUGCACUCAGAGUAACAUCGCAAACAUAUUAUUCACCUGAGUACACAACACCAACACAGAAAAAUUCAUAUUACUACAACACAUUGGUAUUGAAGGAACUAGAUACUGUUCCGAAAUAUCACUUACUCGAACGGUCCUGACCGCGUAGCUCAGCUGGAAGAGCAUUGGGCUAGUAUUCCAAAGGUCGUAGGUUCGAAUCCCACCGUGGCCGGGCAUAUUUUUCAAGCUCGCCCGGUGUGGAUAUGCACUCAGAGUAACAUCGCAAACAUAUUAUUCACCUGAGUACACAACACCAACACAGAAAAAAAAGAAGUCAUUGUGUCAUGUUUUUGUCUGAGUCUCUGAGACUAUGUUAAUUUGUUUAAGUAACUGUUCAAUAGGGACAGCUGAGAUGAAACGUGCAACCACGAUGAAUAAUAUUUACUGAAGUUGAGACGAAGGAUUUGUGCACGGUGAGGCGCAGUUCAACAUCAAACAAAGGCCUUCUAUUUUGUGGCUUCGAAGUUUGCCUUGAUUCCCGGGGCUUUCAAAAUAAGCCGGCGGCCGCCGGAGCUCCGACAGGUGCUACAAGGUUUACCGCCGGUUACUUUGUUUAGUACUUGAAAUAUCAAUUCUGCUCUCCUUUUUCCACUCUAAGCUUUCAAGUUAUUUUUCAUCAAUCUGCAGGUCUACGCACUAUUUCCUUGAAAUGAUUUAGUUAUUUUCCAUCUUAAAUCUUAAAGUUAUCUUCGGUUGAAGAAUGGAAGUGGUGAUACAUUAUAACUUGGUUACAGAGCUCAGUUGUGUUGCUAUCUAAUCAAUAUACACUAGUUAAUUUGGAUGACUUUAAGACCCCCUAGACCGCCCCAUCCCAACAGCCGCCUACUUUAUCAAAACAGACACCUACUCAGAGUAAUUUUGAAAGCCCUGGAUUCCAGACCAUCAAAUCUUAAUACAGUAGACUACGUUUCGUGUGAAACUCGUAUGUGAAAUUACAGGCAAGCCAGUGUAUAGAUCUUCGGUUUAUUUCGAUCGAGAGUCCGAGAAAGUUACUUACUAACUUACGUAUUCUCCUGUUUAUCUAUAUAGACCUGGGCAUGGUCCGAUUGCUUAUGAACGAAGCUUCCGAUGGAAAGUGUGCCAGUUCAGAUAUCUGUGUCAGGUAAGAAUGCCAUUUAUAAGUAUGUACAGUAAGUAAGCAUAGAAAGCCUGUUGUCGGUAUCAGCCGUACAGCAAGGGAGUCCAUCCUCUUGUCGCUUGCACUGGGUCAGGUAGAGAUUGUGUUGAGCCAGAGCGCCUUGGUUACUUAGGGUGUUCCACGAAAAUGCAAUAGCUGUGUUCCAGACUAGCAGGGCUUGAAAUAACUGCCGAUCACCGAUGAAUGAUAGGCAAGAAAUUGCUUAUGAUCGGCGGAAAAGCAGGGUUUCCAACCUGAAAAAGCAUGGAAAGUUAUGAAUGUCGAUUACCAUGAUCGGGAACUUUGGGAACGUUAUUUCAUACCCUGCAGAGUAACAUGCUACACAGUUAUGUAAGUAACUGUAACAUGAAUUGUUUUGAUGACUAUAUAAUACUUUCAUUCUAGGCUAAUGCUCUGCCCAGUCAUGUAAAACUUGGAAUAUCUCGGACCAACCUUUUUGAAGACUCGUUCCAACAGGUAUGGAAUAUAUUUAAUGUCUCGUAAGAAUCCAUGUCUUCUAUUUUACAUAUAGCUCUAGUCAAAUCCUAACCCCCAAACCUCCCCGCAUUCGCUGCCCUUAUUUUGGCAAAUUCAUCUUGAACUUGGUUCUGAACGAUGGCAGAAGAAGAGAGACGAGAUAUAGUUUCAUGUCUGGCUGUUUUGUCUGCGUGUGUCAGGGUAAGGAAAACGGUCAGUAUUCAUAAACAGCGAGAAAUGAAUCAAUAUUAGGGACCGGUCAUAAAGUAACUACUAGGGUGGGCUGGAGUGACUUGGGAUGGGCCAUGGAAAGUCUUUGGGUAGUUGCGAUGGGCCGCCAAUUUUUUUGUAUGUCCACGGUUGGGCCAUCAAACAAAAAUGCAUGCAUGUCUACUUCAAAAAAUAAAGAUAUUAAUAAUAAAAGUAAACAAAACUGUCCAAAUUAUCAAUUGCAAAUGAUGCUAUUGAAUGAUGAUCAAUUGCAAAUGAUGCUAUUGAAUCCAAAUUAUCAAUUGCAAAUGAUGCUAAUGAUGCCAGUACUUUGUUUAUACAACAACAAGAAGUGGUCGAAUCACAGUAAAUACAACCAACUGGAGAGCAGCUCAGUAUUAAUGUGUUGGUCAAGCUUGGUGGAAUUAUGUAUGUCAAUACAGUGCCGUGUAUAUUUACAAUGUUCAUAUACCUGCAAGUUUUUUUUUUAUUAUAAAAGUAUAUUUAACUAAUUUAGAUUGGGUGGGUCAUGAAAAAUGUUUUGUAAGAUUAGAUGGGCUUUGAAAUUUUUAUCUACAUCCUAAGAUGGGUCACCAAACUUAUUGGCAAAAUUUGUGAUUUACCUCCAGCCCACCCUAGCAGUUACUUUAUGGCCAGUCCCUAACGGGAAGGCAAGUUGAGUAACCACCAGUGACCUCAAAACUCAGUAUGCGCAAGAUAGUGUGCAGAUCGGCAAUAAUUGGUAACAAUCUGUGCCAAUGUAGGUAGUGCCAAUUACAAGAAAACUUCGGAUUGUUAGGGAUGCAACUACCUGAAGAAUUCAAGGAGAACUUCGACGUUUCGAGCGAAUUAAGGCUUCUGUCGGGAAGUAGGUCUUCGUACAUCGUUGUCUUGCUCACUCUAAUAGGGAGCUUUAGCAGCGAGUACGAGAUUUGAUCGCGUGCGAGGAAAUCACCGUAGUCGUUCUCGUUUCCGUUCAAAUGUUGCUUCUAUAGUAGUAAACAAACAACGAAAGAAAGGUUUCUAUAAACUAAAUCUCCUGCAGGCUAAAAUCCACUACUGUACAAAAUGUGCAAAUAAGUCAUAACAUUAAAAACAAGCCAGAUAUUUAGUACAAAUAGAUUAUUUUUCCCGGAAAAACGCUAUAAAUUAUUUUUGAAAAACAAAAAAAAAGCCAACUUUCUUUGUUUUUUUGAAAAGUCGUCGUGAGGACUACGAGAUUUCUCCACAAUUUCGUUCUCAGAUUGGCGACGGCUACGACUUUUUCGCGUCAGUACGGGAUGGCGAAAGCAUACAAGCAUGCGUUCGCUUGACGAAUCUCGUACUCGCACUCGUAGUUGCUGCUAAAACUCUCUAAUGUCUCUUGUCGGUCUCCUCUACCUCUACGUCUUCUUAUUACGUGCAUAUACCAUCCCAGCCUUGCUUGCAUCACCGUAGAGAGGGCCUUUGAAUGAUACAGUAGCUGCAUGAAUUAAUGCAUUUUCUUAACAUUUUCCUAUCAAAGAUGUUUUCGGACCUUAAAUAACAAGUAUAGCAAUUUCAAUUGUGAAUGGAUACAAAACUUAAUAACAUUGCUGUUCAUUUGUGAUCUUCAGGUAAUGCGUUUUCAAGCUCAUGAUCUUCGUCGUCGUCUUUACAUCACGUUCAAAGGAGAGGAAGGCCUUGACUAUGGUGGAGUCGCAAGGUACAGUAUAGUUUAAUAUUUAAAAGAAUGAAAUUCCAGUUUUCGAUACUUAGUCCUUAUCAGAUAAUCUUUAUCAAUACUGAUCAUUGUGGAGGUAUGCCUUGGCAGAAUUGUCAUGGCUAUCUCUUUGCUGCUAAUAUUACUGAUUGUUGCUCCUCUCAUUGUUGCUGCGCAGCUGCUAUGGCAAUACUUCUUGCCAUCAAGGCUAGUUGCGACCUUGGACCACAAACGGCACCUACCUCCAAACACUAAUACUCUGCCGUUAACAAGACUGAUUCUAGGAAGUUUCUCCUGUCUAUGUAUUUAGUUUUUCUCUUGUAUAUGUAUUUAUUUAAGUUUCAAUAUGACUUAUCAUAUUCGACCAACUGACCAAUAGUACUGUGCAGGGAUGGAUCGAGUCAGGUCUGGUAUUGGGGGGGGGGGGGGGGGGGAGCUUUGGUCAUGGUUCAGCUAGGGUGGGACCGUUGACCAAGUGCGUAAUCACUAGAGGGAGCUACGGCAGCAAGGCACUAGUCUGUAGUCGUGCUUGACAAUUUCACAAUCAUGUUACUUCUUGGAUUAAUUUGAUAAGGGAGUUGGAGACUCUGCUAAGGCUAAAAAAUCCAUCUUGGUACCAUAAUCUCCCUUAAUAUACCUAAUACCUCAUCGACUGACGUGUAAUUUACUGAUUGACAACAUAUCAAUAUUUAAGUCGAAAAUGUGAUGGAAAUAGACUGUUUAAUCAUUUUUACACGAACUUUUGCAUAUAUUUAGGUUAAGUAUGUGUCCUUAUCUUCAUAAUUAUAUAUAUAUUUUUUUAUUGCAGAGAAUGGUUCUUCCUUCUUUCCCACGAAAUUCUCAAUCCUAUGUAUUGCUUGUUUGAAUAUACCAAUGAUAACAACUACACACUUCAAAUCAAUCCAGGUAUACAGAUUGUUUUGUUAAUUAAACCACUAGUCUACUCUGUGUGGUUGGGGCACAUUUUAUUUGAACGUGAUAUAAACAGCAGACAAUGCAUGGAUGUUGAACGGGAUGUACUGAAAAUACAGAGCUCGAAAUAGCGGCCUGCUGAUGGGCAAAGGCAGGCCAUAUUUCAGAAAUCAAAUCAAAUCAAAAAUAAAAUGGCGGGCGAAAUUCUACAAAAACAAAAUGGCGUCCAAUUGUUGAGGACACAAUCGGUUUGCGUUGCCAUUUUUUUGCCGUGACGUUAAUCUGAAGGUCCCUAAUAGUUAAAUAAAACAGUUACAGUAAGUAGGAAAAUACAUGAAUGAUUGAUAUGCAUGAAGAAAAUUAACAUUUUAUGUUCAUACAGUACCUGAGUGAGGCCAUAUUGGCAGUUUAGAAAUAGAAGUGGCCAUGGCCGACCAUAAUUUUUUUAACCUGCCAAAAUUGGCAGGCCAUAUUUGUUUGCUAUUUGGAGGCCUAAAAUACAUGCACCACGUACUGAAAAUUUUCUUUAACAACUUAUUUACUAUUGUACAUGCAUGCAUGUAUAUGCUGUUUUACCCAGAACUCAAGUCUCACGCUGAGGUCAUUCCAUGUUGGUCUAGUGUUAUUACAGACUGCAGGAAAUUGAAGUAUUUCAAAAGAAAUCAAAGCAACCUCGUUCCCAGGCUCUUUUAAAUCAAAGACGCUUUCUAAUCCUGAAUAAUAUAUAUAGUGGUUUUCAUGUACUUAAAUAGGUGCUUUUCAUCUAAGUUUUUCUUUAUAUUUCUUCAGCAUCGUCUGUGAAUCCUGAUCACUUGAUGUACUUCAGAUUUAUUGGAAGGAUUGUUGCCAUGGUAGGUGACUUUAAUUCUGUCGCAUAUUUGCGUUUGAAACCUAAAAUAUUUUGGGAGUACUAUACCUCCCAAAAUUACUUCUUUUUUCUUUUUUUGCUAGUUUAAAACACAGCCUUUUAAAUGCCAUCUAAAGUCUCCUCAUUUUAGCAUUAUUUCACAGAUGACGCACUUAUAAUCCGUUUCCCGAUUAAGAACGUAUUAAAAAAUUUUGAAUGUAGUUAUAACCAAACGAUAUAUUAUACUCAUUAAUUUUAAGUACGUGUUUCGUAACAUACAAAAAAUCUCUUAAUUUUACACCUAGCAACUCAUCAUGCAGUAGUAGAUAGCUAUUCAUUUCGUAAAAAGUAAUGAACGCAGUGUAUUCUUUACGUAUGCAUUUGUAUUAUAAUUUAUUAUUUACUCUGUAUUUUCAGGCGUUGUUCCAUGGCAAGUUUAUUGAUCGUGGCUUCACACUGCCGUUUUACAAACGAAUUUUGAACAAGAAGCUUGUCAUGAAAGAUUUAGAGACCGUCGAUCCAGAGUUUUAUAAUUCCUUGGUUUGGAUAAAGUAAGUCUUUGUGGGCUUUUUUUUUGAGAUUUUUCCAACUGCACGAAACAAUUGAUCCCAUAUAACCGCGACACUGCCACUGCAUGCGUUUAACCAUUAAGUCACUGGGGUAACUUUAGACUUCCUUAUUAACAAUAUUUGGCAAUUACGACAGGUCAGAAUAUUUUUAUGUUUAUGUCAUAUUCUCAAUGGCUUCAGUUCUCUGUCGAUCCAGUGUAACUAUUAUAGAUCAUCUGGAUUGUCCAUUUUGUGUCAAUCAAGAAAUUGGCUACAAAUCUCAGGCGAGAAUAUAGUCGCUACGCCCCAAUAUCUAAUACAAUAACAUUACGUCACUGAAUUGGUAGCUAAUGUCGAAAAAUUAUCUUUCCACAGAGAGAACAAUAUAGAUGAAAUUGAUAUGGAAAUGUUCUUCUGUACUGACCAAGAGAUUCUCGGCAAGAUCUCCACCCACGAACUGAAACCUGGCGGCUCCGAGAUUGCGGUCACCGAAGAAAACAAAGAGGAAUAUAUCAGGUGAGAUUUUUGUAGGUAAAGUAAUGAGAGUUGAUGAGAGUUGGUAAACUAAAGGUUUGACGAGUGCUCCGACUAAAUAAAGGUUUAAAUUAAAUAGAACAUAUGAUGUGUUGGAAAAGCAUUAAGAACAACUAACCAAGGACGUGUGAUUGCCAACUCUCAUACACUCUCGUCCUAAUUUUAUUCUUGGCGCCCCUGGCUAGUAACACUACAGUUUGUGGUCCAACGCUGUAACUGUGUAUAUAGCCUCAAAUGGGUGGAAGUAUUGCUUUUAUAGCAAAUGACCGUGAAGCAGGGAUAGACGAGCGCAUAACUUACUGAAACAAGGCAAAGCAGAAACGGCAGACUGCAAAACCACACAGCGUAAUCUAAGCUUCUUACAUGAUGUGACGUCAUGGGCGCCUCGACAUGACGUCGGCGUGCGAGCAUAAUUGCAUCUGAUGUUUACAAUUAUUUUUAGUCUGAUGACUGAAUGGCGUCUCAAUCGUGGUAUUGAAGAGCAAACCAAAGCGUUCCUUGAAGGAUUUAAUAAUGUCGUUCCACUUUACUGGUUGGCUUACUUUGAUGAGAGAGAGCUAGAGGUAAGCUGUUCAUCUGCACAUCUGCCACGCGACCCUUGUCUGCCUGUGAUGUUGUCCUUACAUAGGAAGAACAUAGGUAACCUAUUAACCUAAUGUCAUACUGCAUGUGCGAUAAAUCGCGUGCUUGCGGCAUACAUACGGCGUAGUAUUAGUGUUUGGAUGUAGGUGUGUUUGUGGUCAAUUGAUCCGAUCAGGGCGACACGAACGGUUAUAAGGCACGAACCCCUUAACGGCUGUGGCGUCAUUAGCUUCCCCGGUUUGGAAAAUUUGCCUCCAAAAGUGAUUCCCAUGCAACAAAAACUAUAUCACUUCGCUAAAAUCACUCGCAAAUUAAAGGUUUAAAAUUAAGGAAUGUUUAAUAAUAUGAAUCGCCUCGCUGUAAAUAUCUCGCAUUCUCACUUGACUUAUAGGUAUAUCAGUGCUUGACUCUCACAAAAAUGUGCUGAACUUGACAAAAAAUGAACUGUUCGUUCCCAGUUUUGGACACCCCCAAACGGACGUCAACAUGCAUGAAUAAUACAUCUGCUGUUAACCUUGCUUGAAUCUAUUUAACUUCAUCAUAUGUAUAUGAUUGUCUACGUGUUGUUUUCAGUUGAUGUUGUGUGGAAUGCAAGAGGUUGAUGUGGACGACUGGCAGAGAAAUACAGUGUAUCGACAUUACACAAGAAACAGCAGACAAGUGAUCUGGUUUUGGCAGGUUUGUUAACUUUGUUUUGAGACAAUGCGGAUUUUCUACCGCGGGGAAUAUUCUACCUUACAUUUGCAUUCAAGCCACAACCCCAGUCCGCAAUAAAAAGUUGUUUCCAAGUUUUGCAACCAACGUUGCCUUGUGAUUGGACAACCGUAAUUUUCAACAGUAUUGAGUCAAGACAAUAACAAGCCGAAGUCAUAAAUUCCUCUUUGGCACCUUUGCAGUAUGAUUAAAAUGUACAGAUUAUUAACCUUUGCAAAAUGCAAAAUUACUCCCAAUGUCCAUGUCAUCACUAUUUUGACAAACGUAAAGUUGUCCAAACACAACGUUGGUUGCUAAACUCAGAAACAACUUUUUAUCGCGUUUCAUUCCGUAAUGUAAUACCGUAAUGAUAAUAUAAUGUAAUGUAAUGCUUGCCAGUUUCUCGAUUAUAAUCCAGUCUGCGUUAACAAUGAUUAACCGUUUUAACAACAUUUCUGUUUGUCUCUUUCAGGCCGUGAAAUCAUUUGAUAAUGAGAAACGGACUCGUCUUCUGCAAUUUGUCACCGGGACAUGUCGUUUACCCGUUGGCGGUUUUAAUGAAUUAAUGGGUAAGAGCUGGGCACUGCUUUAUAUAAAACUUUCAAGUAUUUUUUGUUUCCAUAAAGCCCUUCGCAUAGCAAAACGAAAAUGAGAGUUGACAUUAACGAAUUGUUACUGGGGACAUUUCUACAAUCUUGGUCGUAACUCUUUGAGACCAUUUCAGGCAAUAGUAGUAGAACUUUAUUUAUACACGCUGACCCCGUCAACCGUAGCUGAUUUCCACGGGGGGGGGGGGGCGUGUAAUGCACAUGAACAAAACAAACUUCCCCCUCCCCCAGUUCAAUGGAGUAAACAACGCCGAAACAAGUUUUAGUAAAUUACCAUGACACAAGCUUAACAUUGAGUUGGGGGAGCGGAGGAUAUGUACCAUAUUAUUGGGGGAUAAUGUAUCAUAUUAUUUUGUGUAUAUAUGUAAUCAAUGUUUAAAUAGUUUGCAAUUUAAUAAAAUCUGAAAAAAUAUGAAUCUGGGGGCUAAAGAAAUGCAACAUGAUUUAACAUGGAAUUUAUCGUAAGAGGUAUGCGAAUCUUGUAUAGAGGAAAAGGCAGUCUCGAUUAGUUACAGUAUAUGUCCAAGAUUGUGGCUGUAGAUUAACAAAAAUAAAGGUUUCAUGCUUCAAAUACGAUACAACAUAAAUAAAAUACAUGACAGUGUUGGGAAAGCAUUAAGAACAGCUAACCAAGAUCACGUGACUGCCAACUCUCCUACAUCCUCGUUUCAUCCGGGCUUAAACGAUUGACGAGAUUUGAGUAAACAAUAUUUUAUUCCUUGACAGGGAGUAAUGGUCCUCAGAAAUUUUGUAUAGAAAGAGUUGGAAAGGAGUCUUGGCUUCCUAGGAGUCAUACGUGGUAAGUGUAUAAUACUGUAGCUGUAAUAUUGUUGGCCUGGCAAUGAUCUCGAAAUAUAGUUCGUGCAUAGAGCCAGGGAUAUGAGUUUGGAUGGGUGGCACAAGCAAUUGUUCGUCGAUGAUUAACGUUCCCUGAGUCCGAGAAAGAAAUUUCAGUCCGGCUGUUGUGUAGAAAAACUUGAAACUGAUUUCAAGCAUAAUUACCAUGAGGGGUCGUAGCGGUGUUUGAAAUCCUUGAAAGUCUUUAAAUUUGAAUGCAGGUCAUUAAGGUAUUUGAAUAGUCUAUAGCGAAGAAAGUCUUUAAAAGUCUUUAAAUUCUUUAGUGAGUAUUUGAUUAUACGAUUUCCUAGCUAAUAAAAUAGAUUGAUUGAAGAGCAAGGUUUUCGCAAAUAUCGAGGAUGUGAUUUAAUGGGACUAAUUACUGGGUAAAAAUGGUGUAAUUUUUCGAAAGCUGAUUCAAAGAUCUUUGAAGUCUUUGAAAAUAGGGACUACGAACCCUGCAUGAGAGUUCAUGCAUUCAACUUUCUGUGAUAAACGAGGCGGGCUGUAAUAUUAGCCCGGGAUAAAAAUUACCUUCAAGGUAUAUGUAAUACGCAGCCCUAGAUUUGUCUUCCAUGCACAUCUUGUAAGCAUUCAUCAAUUUUAUAUUUCGCUUUUCAUAGCUUUAACCGUCUCGAUUUGCCUCCGUACAAGAGCUACGAACAGCUGGUAGAAAAACUAACUUUUGCCAUUGAAGAGACCGAAGGUUUUGCUCAAGAAUAG